AUGUUGACACCAAAUCACCACCAUAGUUGGCUGCUGCUGCCCUUAUCAUUGUUGCUAAUCGUUACCAUCCCGACUACCUGCGAUGCCUACAACUUCUCGGUCACCAACAAGGCCCCAGUAACCACGAUUGGAGGUUUACGUUACGCCAUAGAGAUCGGUGAAAGGUACAGCAAGAUUGUCAUGGCGCACAGUGCAAGUACCGUAUUGCAUGUGCUGGGCGUGCACGAUGGUGGCAAGCCUGUCAAGGACAUUAGCUUAACCAUUGAGGAAGACCUUGGUCAAGGGAGAUGGGCAUACGUCAGCGACAUCAGCAACAUCCACAUAAGCGGGAGCUACAUUGGCAGCUACAAGGGAAGGGACGUGAAGAAGGAAUUUUCCGGCUUGAUUUACCAUUGCAUGACGCUGGUGUUGCAGUGGAACGGCAAUGGCCAGGCUCCCACCUGGUUGCUGACUGGGAUCGCGGAUUUCGUGAGGGUGAGAGCCCACUAUCCGGGGGAUAACUGGGUGAAUUUUGGGAAGGGAGACAAGUGGGACCAAGGGUACGACGUUACAACUGGUUUCUUGAUUUACUGCGAACUUCAGCACAGGAGGUUCGUGGCUAAGCUGAAUAAGAAGAUGAAGUAUGGAUAUAACGACGGCUUGUUCCAGGAGCUGACUGGAAAGAGCAUUGCCCAGCUUUGGAGUGAUUACAAGUCCACUUAUGGAAAUUUCUCUGGCCAAUGAACGAACUGAUGGAUCACAUCCAGUGUGUCUACCUACUGAUGGAUUGCAAAGCUUCUGGUU